GUGAUGUUGGUAGUGGACACCCCUCCCCCAUGCUUCAUAACACCCAUAACACCAGUCAACGCAAGGGACAGAAGAGGAGGAGGCAACACCUUGAUUGCUGCUACUGUCUGUGUGCUCCUGUGGCGGACCCAGAGAUUGCCACAUGGGUAUUCGCAGGCUCGGUGUAAAUGACAGAUUUCAUUGAAAGCAACAUGUUUCGACCCUCUGUACCCAGCGAGUACCUUCUCAAGAAGCCUAAGAAAAAACUUAGGGUGGACGAAAAUGACUCGAGAUACAAGGCCUUGUCGGCACUACGUUCGCCUGAAGGGCCGAGAUUUCCUGGUGUGAACAUCGCACUAUGGCAGAGCGUCAACAACAACAACAACAAUAAUAGCAACUGCAUCAACAACAACUACAGCAGCUACAAUAACAACCAUUCACCCAGCGGAAGACGAGUUUCAACAAAUGACCCUGAGAGCCGUCACAGUCCUUCAUACUGUGAGAAUGUGAGACAGGUCUUAUCUGAGGGAGAGAGGGAGAGUUUCAUACCAUGCCAUGGGUCAAAUUCUGCUAUUACUCACGUGCCCACAAGCACCAUGAAGACAAUUUCUCAGACGCUUCAACCAAAAGGAAGCCCACUGGUGAACAGAACGUGCAAUUCAACGACAUAUCCUUGUGUCGAGCAGACGAUCCUCACAAAUCCUACUUCAGAGGUUCUGUCAGGUGUGCCACAUCAGCAAGAACAAAUUAACACCCAGGAAAACGCCUCACCUGAGUCCAAUAACGAGAGUUCAGAUGCCGUGUUACCCGUCUACAAAAGAUGUGACCCUAAUGUCACAUCUUUCGUAGACUUAAACAGACGUCCAUUUCCUUGCACUGGCCCAGGGUUAGAGUUGUCUCAGGCGAAUAUUAGGCUAGUGAAUGUGUCAGAUAUGCAGAGACAGUUCACACUGAUGAAUCUUCAGCGCUAUGAAAAGGACACCACUUUGUUGAGAAGUGACACUCUUAAUAUACUCACACCCAGCACAUUUCGCAAAUUUAUGUGUGAUGGCUUAUCGACAGUUAGCAAGGACUCUAGUGAGCUUACCAACUCAGUCGAAACAUCAGUCACUGAAAUAGAGGUGAUAAUGGGAAAAAACCUCCAUAACAAGCUACUCAGUAACAGCUCUGGGUCUUCUGAAGGAACCUUAUCUGCCCUUUCGAAAGCACUGAGUUUUCUACAAACGUUUCAAAGCGAUAAACUAAUGAAUAUCAACGUGGGUAAACGGCAGAGAAUUCAACGCCUUUUUCGAUAUCUGCUGGGAGUCAGGUGGAAGAUGGAAGAGAAAAAGGAAAGCAAAGAAAUUCUCGUAGAUGGAGAAGUGAUGGAUGAGGAUGAUGGUUGUGAAGAGGGAGGUGGGGGAUGUGAAAAGAAGAGGCGGCCUCAGACAGCUCGUCCAGUAAUCCCUGGGAACGGCACUGCUCCUGUUGCUGCUAUUCCCAAAAGAAUACGCCCAAAGAAAAAAAGAGUGUUUGGGGCUGGUCGCCGGGUGCGACGGUCGCUGGGUCGUGGUUGCCGCUACAUAGGUCACGGCCUGGCUAACAUAACCACCUACCUCCCUGAAGCAGCAUACUUGGGCUCUGUGACCCUUACCGGAAGCUACACCUGCGAGUUCUCCUCCGAUGACUACAUCACUAGCGAUUAUAUGUAACCAGGCGAUUACAUCCUAGCGAUUGUAAUGCUGGAGUCUAAUGACUAUAACCUAGCAAUUAUCUGCAGCUCAUUGACAGCACCACUUAUGAUUAUCAUCGUCUAAUGGAUACACGGAGACGAUAUCAGUAGCGACAAAUCUAACAGCAUCACGAAGAGUCUUUUCUAUAUCCCCCCUGGGCGGGAGGUGAGAGGCAAUCAGGUUUGACCCUGUGUAGGCUGGCAGCCACAAUACCAAUGCAAGAAGAGGCACAUUCCAGUUACUGGUCCAAGAAUAUUGUUAUUAUUACUAUACUGGGUUAUCCUAGGUUCUCUACACAUAUGCUGAUAUGUAUGAUAAUCUACGUAACUGUAUUUGUGCAUACCUGAAUAAACUUACUUACACUGACAACUGUUUCAUGCCGGCGGCACUGGCAUGGAAUGGAGGUAAUAAAUACAUCAUUGUCCUUAAUCUAGAUAAAAGUAGAUAGUCCUCAGCAGAAAGCCUCGGUGUUGGCUCUAAGAGUCCUCUGGCCAUAUUCGUCUUACUCAUGGAUAUCUCAUGAAGAGGCGCCCUGCUCCUCUCUGUGAGAAUUGUCAGGUUCCAUUAUCGGUCAGCUACAUUCUGUUAGACUGCCCACUUUAUCAACGAGCACGCAGAAUUUACCUCCAACGUUGUCUUCGCUCCGCUGCUCUCUCUUUACCUUCCCUUCUCUCUGAUGGACCCACCUUUCAUCCGGACUCUUUCAUUGACUUUUUGACAACAACUGACUUAUUCCACAAACUCUGAUGAUACCUUCAGCCCUUUCUACCUCAAUAUCUUGCUACCCUCUACCCCUGCCCCGCUGUUUUCUGUAACCUACUAAUCAUCCCUACCCCCUUUUGCCGCCCGAUACCCUCGCUUCCUUCCCUACCCUGCAGCUCUGUAUAGCCCUUGUGGCUUAGCGCUUCUUUUUGAUUAUAAUAACAAUAAGAGUCCUCUGCUAAAUGUAUUUCUCAUGUUUCUCUCUCUCUCUCUCUCUCUCUCUCUCUCUCUCUCUCUCUCUCUCUCUCUCUCUCUCUCUCUCUCUCUCUCUAUCUAUCUAUCUAUCUAUCUAUCUAUCUAUAUAUACAUAUACAUAUAUACAUAUAUAUCACUUUCUAGUUUUCCCCACAAGCUUAGAUUAAUAUUUCAUACUUUAUAAAUGUAUCCGUUAAUAUCUCCUGUAAAUAACUCAUUACCACUUCCAAUGAAUCUUCGAGAUCCAUUCCUCGACCCAUUAAUUGUAACUCAAUAAUCUCGUAACUGCUGCCCACGGAAUGGGUAUAAGGGCAUAAUACAGCGUCAAAUUAAAAUUAUUCAUAUUAAUAAAGAGUAUGAAUGCA